AUGUCUGUGGAUGAGAAGCCUGACUCCCCCAUGUAUGUGUAUGAGUCCACAGUCCACUGCACCAACAUCCUCCUGGGCCUCAAUGACCAGCGGAAAAAGGAUAUUCUCUGUGACGUGACUCUGAUUGUGGAAAGGAAGGAGUUCCGGGCCCACCGGGCUGUGCUGGCCGCAUGCAGUGAAUACUUCUGGCAGGCGCUGGUUGGACAGACGAAAAAUGACUUGGUGGUCAGCUUGCCUGAGGAGGUCACGGCCAGGGGCUUUGGGCCUCUGCUACAGUUUGCCUACACCGCCAAACUAUUACUCAGCAGAGAAAACAUCCGCGAGGUCAUCCGCUGUGCUGAGUUCCUGCGCAUGCAUAACCUGGAGGACUCCUGCUUCAGCUUCCUGCAGACCCAGCUCCUGAACAGUGAGGAUGGCCUGUUCGUGUGCCGGAAGGACACGGCGUGCCAGCGCCCGCACGAGGACCGUGAGAACUCCGCGGGAGAGGAGGAGGAGGAAGAGGAGGAGACGAUGGACUCCGAGACGGCCAAGAUGGCGUGCCCCAGGGACCAGAUGCUUCCAGACCCCAUCAGCUUUGAGGCCACCGCCAUCCCAGUAGCCCAGAAGGAAGAAGCUUUGCUGCCCGAGUCCGAUGUGCCGGCCGACACCAAGGAGAGCUCCGAAAAGGACGCGUUAACGCAGUACCCCAGAUACAAGAAAUACCAGCUUGCAUGUACCAAGAAUGUCUACAAUGCAUCAUCACACAGUACCUCAGGUUUUGCAAGCACAUUCAGUGAAGAGAACUCUAGCAACAGCCUCAAGCCGGGGCUUGCCGUGGGGCAGAUUAAAAGUGAGCCGCCCAGUGAAGAGAACGAGGAAGAGAGCAUCACGCUCUGCCUGUCCGGAGAUGAGCCUGACAGCAAGGACCGAGCGGGUGAUAUCGAAAUGGACCGGAAACAGCCCAGCCCCGCCCCCGGCCCCGCCCCCGCCGCCGGGGCCACCUGCCUGGAGAGAUCCAGGAGUGUGUCCUCCCCCUCCUGUUUAAGGUCUCUGUUCAGCAUAAAAAAUAGUGUGGAGUUGUCUGGCCUGCCCAGUACCUCUCAGCAGCACUUUGCCAGGAGUUCAGCGUGCCCUUUUGACAAGGGGAUCACUCAGGGUGACCUUAAAACUGACUACGCCCCUUUCCCGGGGAAUUACGGACAGCCCCACCUGGGCCAGAAGGACCCGUCCAACUUCACCAUGGGGUCGCCCCUCAAGGGGCCUGGGUUGGAGGCUCUCUGUAAACAGGAAGGAGAGCUGGACCGGAGAAGUGUGAUCUUCUCCUCGAGUGCUUGUGACCAAGUGAGCACUGCGGUGCAUUCGUAUUCUGGGGUAAGCAGUUUGGACAAAGACCUCUCCGAGCCGGUGCCAAAGGGUCUGUGGGUGGGGGCUGGCCAGUCCCUCCCCAGCUCACAGGCCUACGCCCACGGUGGGCUGAUGGCUGACCAUUUGCCAGGAAGGAUACGGCCCAACACUAGCUGCCCGGUGCCGAUCAAAGUCUGCCCUCGCUCGCCCCCCUUGGAGACCAGGACCAGGACUUCCAGCUCAUGCUCCUCCUAUUCCUACGCAGAGGAUGGGAGCGGGGGCUCACCCUGCAGCCUCCCUCUCUGUGAGUUCUCCUCCUCGCCCUGUUCCCAGGGAGCCAGAUUCCUAGCCACAGAACAUCAGGAACCAGGCCUGAUGGGAGAUGGAAUGUACAACCAAGUCCGACCCCAAAUUAAAUGUGAGCAGUCUUAUGGAACCAACUCCAGCGACGAAUCCGGAUCGUUCUCGGAAGCAGACAGUGAGUCGUGUCCCGUGCAGGACAGGGGCCAGGAGGUCAAACUUCCCUUUCCUGUAGAUCAAAUCACAGAUCUUCCAAGGAACGAUUUCCAGAUGAUGAUUAAGAUGCACAAGCUAACCUCAGAACAGUUAGAGUUCAUUCACGACGUCCGACGGCGCAGCAAGAACCGCAUCGCGGCCCAGCGCUGCCGCAAGAGGAAACUAGACUGUAUUCAGAAUUUAGAAUGUGAAAUCCGCAAAUUGGUGUGUGAGAAAGAGAAGCUGUUGUCAGAGAGGAACCAACUGAAAGCCUGCAUGGGGGAGCUGCUGGACAAUUUCUCCUGCCUUUCGCAGGAAGUCUGCCGCGACAUCCAGAGCCCUGAGCAGAUCCAGGCCCUGCAUCGGUACUGCCCCGUCCUCAGACCCGUGGGCCUCCCCGCAGCCUCCAGUAUUAACCCCGCGCCCUUGGGCGUCGAGCAGAACCUGGCCGCCGCGCAGUGUGCGGUGGGCGAAAGCGCGCCCUGCUGCUUGGAGCCCGGAGCGGCUCCCCCCGGCCCCCCCUGGGCCCCCGGCUGUGCCCCGGAGAACUGUACUUCCGGGAGGAGGCCCGAGGGCGCUGAGCCGGGAACCUUCUCAGAGAGGGCGCCUCCUCUUGAAUCCAGGAGCCAGACGGUGACCGUGGACUUCUGCCAGGAGAUGACUGAUAAGUGUACAACUGACGAGCAGCCCCGGAAAGAGUACACCUAGUGACCCGGCCCGCCUUC